AUGCUAACCCGAACAAACCAGAUAUCUGUGGGUAACCAGUACCAGGAACUAGUCCAGUUCAACCAGACAGGGGUCCCCUUCUCAGCUGUCACCCCGGCCUCUCCUUCCUCUCCGCCCUCCUCUUGCCUCUCUGGUCCCGCCUCUGUCUCCCGUGUCGGCCUCAGUCACUCCCCAGUUACUCACUGCUCUCUUUCACCGAGAACCAGCCCCGAUCGACGGCCAAGAACCCAGGGAAACAUGGCUUCAGGCGUGACCGUGAACGAUGAGGUCAUCAAAGUGUUCAACGAAAUGAAGGUGCGCAAGUCGUCUGCUCCAGAGGACGUGAAGAAGCGUAAGAAGGCCGUGCUGUUCUGCCUCUCGGAUGACAGGCGUAAGAUCAUCGUGGAGGAAGGCAAACAGAUCCUGGUGGGGGACAUCGGGGAGACAGUGGACGACCCCUACGCUUGCUUCGUCAAAAUGCUGCCCCCCAAAGACUGUCGCUACUGUCUCUAUGACGCCACGUACGAGACGCGUGAGAGCAAGAAGGAGGACCUCGUCUUUGUCUUCUGGGCUCCAGAAGGCGCUCCUCUUAAGAGUAAAAUGAUCUACGCCAGCUCCAAAGACGCCAUCAAAAAGAAGUUUACAGGUAUCAAACACGAGUGGCAGGUGAACGGUCUUGACGACAUCCAGGACCGCUCCACUCUGGCGGAGAAGCUGGGGGGGCCUGUGGUCGUGUCUCUGGAAGGAAAGCCUCUGUGA